AUGUCGUUAGAGACUCGAUCCUCCUCGGCCCUGUUCAAAAGGGCGGAACAGUUGAAGCGUUGGGAGGAAUCCGAUACGAAUCGGGAACCAGUGACACCGAAACAGAAAUCUCGCAAAGUUAAAUUCUCUUCGGGAUGUGUUUUUUUGGCUGCGUGUGCCGCUGGUGAUAAAAAAGAGGUGUUGGAACUGUUACAUAAAGGCGCGGACAUCAACACGGCGAAUGUGGACGGUCUAACCGCUUUGCAUCAGGCAUGCAUCGACGACAAUCUGGACAUGGUGGAAUUCCUGGUGGAGAACAGGGCGGACGUGAACAGGGGCGACAACGAGGGCUGGACGCCCCUGCACGCCACCGCCAGCUGCGGUUUCCUCUCCAUCGCCAAAUACCUGGUGGAGAAGGGCGCCAACGUCGCGGCGGUCAACAACGACGGCCAGCUGGCCAUCGACAUCGCCGAAUGCCAGAAGAUGGAGGAGCUGCUCAAAGAGGAGAUCGACGCGCGAGGUAUCGAUUGCGAGGCGGCGAGGAACGAGGAGGAGACGUUGAUGUUGCGAGAUGCGAAAGAUUGGUUGGCAACGAAGAGUCCCUUGGUGAAUUCGUCCCAAUCGAAGAACGGCGUGACGGCGUUGCACGUGGCUUGCGCCAAGGGCUACACGGAGGUCAUCAAGAUAUUGUUGCAAUGCGGCGCGGAUAUAGACGCUCAGGACAACGAGGGAUGGACCGCGUUGCACGCCGCCGCCCAUUGGGGACACAAAGAGGUGUGCCAGAUUUUGGCUGAAAAUUUGGCCGACAUGGAAACUAAAAAUUUCGUCGGACAAACAGCGCUUGACUUGUGCGACAGCGACAUGUCGCCGUACAUGGACGAACUGAGGAAGAAGCAAAACAAAGAGGACGUGUUCAAUAGGAGAAUGGCGAAGAAGAGGGUGGACGUGAACGAUAGGAAUUUGGAAUCGGAGACGCCUAAUAAAGUCAAAAAGGUCGAUGUUAAGGUGGAGAAUGAAUCGAAAGUUAUCGAAGAUACCGACAUGGACGUGUCAAGUGAAUGCGAAUCGGAUUCGGAAACGACCGAAAGCAGCUCUGAAUCGGAAUCAGAGAGCUCGGAUGAGGAAAAGAAGAAUAAAUUAAACGCCGUAAGUGCGAACAAUGAAAUCACGAGCAACUCCACCAACAAUCAAAAAAUAGUCGACGACAAUGAGCAGGAGACGGUAAAGAGGAAAUUGACCAAGCAGAAUUCGGACUCGAGCCCCACGAAGAUAAACGCUAGCAACAGCACGACUAAUUCAACUGACGCGAAAAUUGACGCCGAAAUAACUUUAAGGAAACCGCUGAACGAGCCAAAGACUAAGGAAGAGGAGAAAAAGGACGUUCCAACGAGUCUCGCAGUAACAGUAGCUACCAACACAGCGACGAGCAUAUCGCCGGAAAAACCAUCGCCGGUUACCAGCCCGCAAUCGACAAACAACCAACAAUUGAGAAGAUCGUUCGUGCCGCCCGUGAGAGACGAGGAGAGCGAGACGCAGCGAAAGGCGCACGCCAAGCGGGUGAGAGAGACGCGCCGAUCGACGCAAGGCGUCACUUUGGAGGAGAUCAAAUCGGCCGAGCAGCUGGUGAAGCAGAAGAACCAAUCCAACGGCGGCACCGCCAAUAAUACCAACGAUACAAAAUCUGGUGAUUCACCGAACGGAGUCGUCGUGACGGCCACCAUCACCACCGGUACCACUACGGUUUUGACGAGAGACAACGAAGAACAGCCUAACGCGAUACACGAAAGAAGGCCUUCGUGGAGAUUGAGAGUCGACAACGGUUCCAGUAAGUUUCUGCUGGAAGACGCCACGAAACCGGCCAGCGAGCUGCCGAGCACCCCGUCGUUUAUCCGUAGAAGCAAUCCCGCUUCGAACAUCGUUCAAAGACCGCCGUCGGCUUCGUUGGAGACGGCGGAUACGACGAUAACGUUACCGUUGAGGAAACCCAAAUCUGUGGAAGAGAAAGAUCAAGAUAAAGAGAACGACAUUAGAAACGCGCAGGCUACGUUAGCGACGCAGGCAGCUAUACAGAGGAGAAGGAGGCCGAAGAGGCGAUCGACGGGCGUCGUUUCGUUCGAUAACGUCGACGAUUUGGACCAAGAAAAGGAUUCUUCGAGUGGAAAAGACUGUGAUGAUACUACUAAAAUAAAUCAUUUGGAGAGCGGUACCGAUCGGAGUAGCAAGUCGAGAUUGGGCAGCACGUCGGAUAUUCGAAACGAGAACGGUGAGAUCGACUACAAGAAGUUGUACGAGCAGGAAUUGGCCGAAAACGACAGACUGAAAGAGAAGCUGAGGAAAAACGACGAGGAGCUCAGAGAGACGAAGCAGACGUUGGAGAAAAUCAAUUUGGUGACGAGUAAAAAUUCUUUGUCUGAACUCGAAAAGCGCGAAAGGAGGGCGAUGGAGAGAAAACUAAGUGAAAUGGAGGAAGAAUUGAAGCAAUUGCAAAAACUGAAAGCCGAGAACGAACGCCUUAAGGCUGACAACAGAUCACUUACACGCGUCAUCAACAAACUUACGAACUCUGCAAUGUAA